UUCAGUUCGCGUCAGUCAUGAGCCAGAAGAUGGAAGGUUUCACGCGUUUUCACGGUUUCACUUCUAAUUGCUCCUUGUGCGAAGUGCGAGCGUGAAUUCGGGUGGCGAAUUCGUCCGACGAAUUGUCCGUAGUCCGUCCCGGCCACGACCUACCGCGCAUGUGUUAGUUACUUAGUCAGUGCGCAGGUAGGUGCGAGAACAGAGAGCACACACACGUGAAGACAAAUGGUAAAAAUCAGCCGACACGCCGUGAUCCGGCGCGAGUUAAUACAAACUGGAUUCGGAUUUCGGUUUUUUGUUACCGGAAGUUAUAAAUGAGUCUUUUACAAUCGUCAUCACCUUGAAACACACCGCGCAGACUUCGUUCGCAAACAUUAACUCAAGAUACAUACUUAACACACGGUCAUAUUGAGAUUAGUUCGGCGUGCAUAAAUUUGUGUUGUGAUUGUGUGUGCGAUUCAAUAUGAGUGCAAACUAAAUACAGAAAAACACAAGUACAGCUGGUUGAAACAUCUCAUCAUCAUUUUCAGAGGAGUGAAAGUGCCAUGAAGGGCUGGUUUGACGCAUUCCGUUACGAUGGCGGUCCAACCCUGUACAGUUUCAACAAUCGCACGGCGGUUACCGGUGAUGUUACGAUCAUCACAUUCCUCAUCAUAUUCUGCACCCUUUACGUAGCUUUCCUAAUCAUUUACCCGGGCAUUCGAAAGGAGCGUUUUACGACAUUCUUCACCGUCACGCUGAGCCUCUUCACCGGAGCGACGAUAUUAGUUUCCCUGUUUGGUUCCGGUUGGCACGUUGGACAUGCGUCGAUUGUGAGCAGCUACAAGGCAUUCUCGAAAGAAAAAGUGGUCGCCGACAUUGGUGUCUACGUGGGUCUCAAUCAUGUGAACAUCACUCUUCAAGCCACACCGGCGCUCAACGCGUCCUCGUCGGACAUCGACUUCAAUGAGCGUUUUUACUGGUUGACUUCGGAUCAGAUGGGUGACAGUUUCAAGGAUGCACUCUUCAAAGGAUUGCCGUAUCCUAUUCUCACAGUGGCCGAGUAUUUUAGUCUUGGUCAGGAGGGGUUGUCUUGGGGCGGACAGUAUCGUGCUGCUGGUUACUACGCCAUUAUUAUGCUGUGGACGUGUUUUGCCCUUUGGCUGCUUAUGAAUUUGAUGUUGAUCGUGGUGCCUAGAUAUGGCGCUGUGCUAAUGACCGCCGUUGGCAUUUUUCUACUUUCUACUGUCUGUGGAUAUUUGGGCAUGCUUCCGGAUAACCCGUUGACGAUUCACCUUGAAGGUCGCACGCUGUACUUUCAUUUGGGAUGGUGUUUCUGGCUUGUUUUUACUGCAGGUUGCAUAUGCCUUGUAAGUGGUGUGAUAAUAACAACCACCGAAAUAAUCUUCCCCAAUAGUUUUUCAACGAUUCUCGAGGUGGAUUACGACACCCCGUAUGAUCGUCACAUUAUUAUCGAGGACAGUCACGGUAGGAGGUUCCAGAAAAAACGCGCAAGUAGCACGAAACUUGAAGACCCGCCGGGACUAAGUUUUGGCUCUAGAUUACUGAGACGCCUGUCUUCGAAAACGCCCGAGAAGAUGGUGGAGAAGCGCGGCGCCGAUAAUCAAGCGUUCGAGAUGGAGCCGAGAAAGUCUUCAUGGCAGUAUCCGUUCCGGCAGCGGCACUCACUCCCCGAGAAGAAACUCUCUCGGACGAUUUCACAUGAUUCGCUUUCGACACGACUAUCACGAGAAGUUCCUUCGAUUCACAAAGAAUUUAAUAGGUUAAGAAACAAUUCCGAUAAAAUUCAUGAGGUGUCGAUGUGGUGACACGCCUUAGUAAUAUUUAGUAAAGCGUGAAAGUAUGUUUGGAUGAUAAAAUGAGGAUGAUGUGUGUUUAGGUUUUAGUUUGGUUACAAGUAGUAGAAUGCGCGAUUAUAAUUUUAUUGAUUCGAGUGAUUUAAGAAAUGUGAUAUCAUUGUUAUUUAAAUCUCUGCAACGUGAACUGGAGGAGAUGCAAUUAUUUAAUUUAUCUAAUAGCUUGAUAAUUGAUUACCGCAUUGAUACUGUUGAUGAACAAUGAACACACACAGACACAACGACGCCAUAACUUAUACAUGCAAUACUCAAUUGAACGUGACAACAAUUUAAGCGACAUAUUGAUUUUUUUAUUUAUAAAUUAAAGCUGGACUUUGAAUUGUGUUAAAUUGUGUUGAACUAGUUAAACUGCAAGCAGCUAAUUUAAUAUUUUAAGUUAAAUUGUGCAGAAUGUAAUUAAAAUAUUAUUAAAAACACAGUUUAAUAAUU